GGUGCUGCUCCGGUGGGACGUUUGUCGCUCCUUCCCGCUCGCCCGUCUCCCCCGCGGGAGAUAUUUCGCUCCGUCAGAAUGGUGACUUCCGGCAUGUGGCGAACUCUCGCUUUCUCCCGAGCAGCGCCUGAGGAAGGGAGAAGCGGGGGGAAGGCGGGAGGCCUGGGGGGUGUUUGGGGAGGGGGGAAUAGGCGACCAAGUGACCUGCCACCCGGGGUCACUUCCAGGGCCUUGCCGGCGGCCUGACCCCGCCCACUCGCGGGACUCCGGCCCCAGGUGAGGCAGUGUGGCUCAGUGGGUAGAGCGCGUGCCCUCCGGGCAUAAAGGCCAGGCCAGGCCCCCUCCUGCAAAGUUGGACCCCAAAGAGACUGGCAGUCUGGGCCAGGGACGCUGCCAGGCUAGACCAGAGGGCUUGACCCCUUGCAAGGCAUUGCAGGGGGUCAGGCUGGAUGACCCUCGGGGAACCCCUUCCAACUCCACAAUGCUGCGAUUCCUGCACUGCAGGGGGUCGGGGCUGGGUGACCUUUCGGGGUCCUUUCCAGUUCUACAGUUCCGGGAUUCCCAGGCCGCUUCCUUUGUAUGCCAGAGGGCUUCUCUUUCCCUCUUCAGCUCCAGGCAUUGGCCAAAGCUGCCCUGCCAUGCGCACAGUGGGGUAGCUAGCCAUGCAGUGAAACUCUUUAAGGGACCUUGAGACUGCCUGCUGUUUUUCAGAGAGCCUUCCUCUAGUUUUUUGAGAACUUAAGGCUGACAAAAGUUAUGUGAAGGGGCACAUUGGGCUUGUUACCUUUUUUAUUUAUUUGUUGUGUUUCUCCUCCUGCUCCUCCUGUAACCUGAAAGCUGCUCUCACCAAACUUAUUUCCCCUUCCCUCCUCAGGAUGACCACGACCGGAGGAGAGGCCUGAGUCGAGGGCGGCAGGGCCAGGCCAUGGCUGUUUUCGACACCCCGCAGGAGGCGUUUGGGGCCUUGCGCCCGGCCUGCGUGCAGCUGACCAAAGCCCAGACGGCGGAGAACGUGGAGCUGCUCCGCUCCCAGCUGCGAACGGUCAGCGACUCUGCCCUGCAGGAACUCCAGGAAUAUGUCCUCUUCCCCCUGCGCUUCACCCUCAAGAUCCCAGGGCCGAAGCGGGAGCGCGUGGUCCAGACCGUGGCCCAGUGCGUGGCCUCGGUGCUCUCCGCCACGUGCGUGAAGAAGCCCGAGCUGCUCCUGGAGCUGUUCUCCGAGCUCUGCGUCUGCCUGGCCUCCCCCUCCAGCCCGCAGCAGCUGGCCCCUCUGUCGGAGGAGCUGAAGGAGGCUGUCUUGCAGGCACUGCUGGCUCUCUUGCAUUCGGCUUCCGGCGACGUCCUGGCGACUCUGUACCAGCCCUCCAACCUCCCGCACCUGGGCUUUGCUGUCUCCUUGCUGCUCUCCCUGGCGGAGCAGGAGAAAGCCAAGCAGCUGAAGAUCACGGCCUUGAGAUGCCUGCAAGCGCUGCUUCUGCAGUGUGACUGCGAGGGGGGCCACCGGCCGCUGGACGGCGAGGAGGCAAAGCGUUGUGGGGAUCUCUUCGCUUCCUUCCUGCCCGGGAUCUCCCUCACGCUCUCCCGGAUCAUCGCGGGGGACGUCAAGCAAGGCCAUGCCGUCGUUGUCUCGGCCGUCAAAGUCUUUUCCCGGACGUUAGCUUCGGUCAUGGCAGAUGAGCAACUGGCGCAGAUCCCGCCAAAGGCGGAGGCAUCUGUGCAGGGGCAAGGCAGGCUCUCGGAGCUCGUGGUCUACCGAGACCCCGACUGGGCAAAGAGCACAGCAGCCAAGCUCUCCAUCCUGAUCGCGAAGGUGGUUGGGUCUGUGUCCGUUCACCCUCACUGGAAGGCGAGGAUGGAGCUGGUGGAAAUGGUCCAGCUCUUGAUGGCAACCUGCGGCCGGUCUUUGGUCGACUCUGCCAGCCAGCUCCUGAAGGCCUUGGUUGGCCUCGUCAACGAUGAGAGGCCCGAGAUCCAAACUCGGAGCAGCGAGGUCCUGCGGAGCACCGCCGAGCAGGGAAGGGUGGCGGAGAACCGCCUUCUUGCCGACAUCCUUUCGGAGGACCUCCACUCCCUGGCCACCGCCCUUCCCCGCCUGAUGAGCUCCCAGGAUGACCAGGGCAAGACGGUCACCUUGAACUUGCUCCUCGGGUACUUGAAGCUGCUGGGCCCCCGGGUCAACCUGGUUCUGAACUCGUCUUCCCACCUCCACCGCCUCUCCAGGGCCCUUGUGCAAGUCCUGGAGCUGGACGUGAAGGAUGUGAAGGUUGUGGAGGAGCGGCGUCUCGGGAACGUGCCAGGACCUUCGCAGCUCAGCAGCAGUGCCCAGAGGAAGUGCUUCCGGUUCUUUGCCGAUGAGCGCAUAUUCUCCUUGCUCCAGCAGAUCUGCCGGCUCCUCGGAUACUACGGGAACCUCUAUUUGCUGGCGGACCAUUUCCUGGGGCUGUACGGAGAGUCGGCUGUCUACCGGAAGCAGGCGGCGAUGGUCCUCAAUGAACUAAUUGCUGGAGCAGCUGGGCUGGAGGUGGAUGUCCUUCACGAGCGAGAAGAGGUGGCCAGUGCUGAGGAUCUCAGAGGCGUCGUGAUUUCUGUGCUGGAGGAAUACGUGGACCAAGCCAACUGGCAUCUGGUCACCAGCAUUGAGGCUGAGGAGGUGGCCAGCGAAGCAGAGGCAAAGCGCUCCGGGCUCCUUGCUGUUCCGCCUGGCCAGCCCCUUCCUCUCCCAGAUGCCAAGUCCACCGUCCGCACCAUGAACGGCAACAUCUGGCAGAUUUGCAUCCAGCUGGAAGGGGUGGGCUGCUUUGCUUCCGCCCUUAAGCAGGACUUCCGCCCGCUGCUGAUCUCAGCCUUGUACCCCGUCCUGGAGAAGGCAGGAGAUGCCACGCUCCUUAUCAGCCAGGCAGCCAGCGGGGCCAUGGAGGACAUCUGCUGCGCCUGCGGCUAUGGCUCCAUCCCAGACCUUAUCAACCAGAAUGCCGACUACCUGGUGAACGGCAUCUCCUUGCACCUGCGCCACCAGACUCACGUGCCCCGUUGCUCGCGGGUCCUGGAAGCCAUGCUGAGACACUCGGAUGCCAAUGUGCUGCCCCUGGUGGAUGACGUCAUCCAGGACAUCCUGGUCAAGCUUGACCUGCAUCACGCUGACCGGGCCGCCUCGUUCCUCGGGGUCAUGCACACGCUGCUGCUGAGGCUAGGUACCGAUUCACCGCCAUGCUUCUAUCCUGCUUUUUCUUUCAAGGAGCUCAAGCCAUAAGUGGCUCUGUUUCCCUCUCACAGGGACAUGGGUGGCGCUGUGGGUUAAACCACAGGGCCUAGGACUUGCCGAUCAGAAGGUCGGUGGUUUGAAUCCCCGCGACGGGGUGAGCUCCCGUUGCUCGGUCCCUGCUCCUGCCAACCUAGUAGUUCGAAAGCACGUCAAAGUGCAAGUAGAUCAAUAGGUACCGCUCCGGCGGGAAGGUAGACGGUGUUUCCGUGCGCUGCUCUGGUUUGCCAGAAGUGGCUUAGUCAUGCUGGCCACAUGACCCGGAAGCUGUACGCCGGUUCCCUCGGCCAGUAAAGCGAGAUGAGCGCCACAACCCCAGAGUUGGCCGCGACUGGACCUAAUGGUCAGGGGUCCCUUUACCUUUACUUUUACUUUCCCUCUCACAACAACAGCCCUGUGAGGUAGGGCUUAGCUGAGGGAUGGCGAAUGGGCCAACGCCAGGCUUCGUGGUCGUGGGGAAUUCGAACCCUGCUCUUCCAGGUCUUAGUCCGGCAAUCUAACCACUUUGCCACCUUGACUCAGAGUAGGAAAUCCACAGCACCCCCUCCAAAAUGGGGGACCUCUGUCUUGUCUGUGCUAUCCCAGGGGUCCUGGCCUUGGUUUCAGUGUGUUGCUUAAUUCACCCAUUUCUCCCUUUCAGAAAUUCUGUAGCUGAGUUAGGAAAUGAACCAGGGCCUUGGAUCCGUGCUGGAACAUCUACACCACUGGUUCCCAAACUUUUUCAGGCCACUGCGCUCUUGAUUCCACAUUCGCAUCCUCAGUGCCCCCAACCCUGUAAAGAUCACUAAUCAGGAUAGCAGUUUGCCCAACCCACUAAGGAAGAGAACAGCACAAUGAAAUUCAAAAUGGUAACAAUUAAUUCCAUGUUUAUUCAAAAUCCAAUUAAAACUAUUUAGUUUAAUUAAUUCAACAAAGCAGAUGAACUUGUAUCAGUGAUAUCAGCUUUUCAAAUUCUGUUAGUCCUUUAAACCUCUGGCACCCCCUUCCUGCCCCCUUGCCUCUUAGUGCCUUCCUAGGUAACCCCACUGUCCCCCAUGGGGUGGUCCUCCCCACUGAUCUACACUCUGUGGGGAUGCCAAAUGACUCGGGAAUAACUCCGUUAAUCUAUGCAUGGGAUUUCCUUCAGAGGAUGCAUACUCAGGAAUGCAUAUGUGAGAGUAAUAUUCAGCACUGAGAGUUAUAGCCAACUAAAUCAUACUUGCGAGUAGACCUAUUGAAAUUGAGGCACCUAUGUCAUGCCUUUUUAAAUUUCAAUGGGUUUGCUCUGGGUACGAUCAGCGCAGGAUUCAUCCCAGAGUUAUUCAGAGUCAAGAUCUACCUGUUUAGAAAGGAACAAAUUGAAUUCCUUGAAACUUCCUUGGUCUGCAGCCUGAUUGUCCCAGUUGCAGAGGAAAGCCAGGAGAAUUUGUAGCUGCUACUAUGUACUGUACAGUACCUCUUUUUGUUUUUUAGAACUUUAUUAAUGAAUCAAAAUAUCUUACACAAUGAAGCGAAACGAAUCUGGUGGUGACUUGCUAUCAUAGUUCUAUAGUAUAUGGGAGCAUGAAGAGGUUGAUUAAAAUCAGACCAGAAAAUGGGAUUAUCGUUCUCUCGGGAUCAAAGAGGGCUUGUGGUAGUGGAUUUGGGUAUGUGGUCAGCACCAAAUAAAUCUGGUUCCGUGGGAAUUUGCCAGUUCCUUAAUGCAUGUCAGAAACAUCCAUCAUGAGAGGGCUGUUGGCUUGGUGGUGUCUUGUAAAACACACAUCAAAUGAUUCCACUCUUCUGCAAUUGGGAUGUGUAGGGCCUUCUGAUACCAAAUGUGAAGGGAAAAAUCAAACAUAUUUCUCCAUUAUUGAGCAAUAGUCAACCUAGCCGCAGCGAACAAAUAUAUAAUAAGAGUUUUACAAACUAGUUUUCCACGGUUUUACGAACAUAGCCUGGCAUGGAGAUUCACUGCACUGUGUCUUCCCUGUGUGGCUUAGCCCUCUUUCCCCAAAUUGGGACUUAAAUCUAUAUCCCAGCUGCCCAGAAUAGAACCCAUUUCGUAGCCAAGUUCAGGAUUGCUGUGUUGGGCUUAAGGAAGUCACGCUUUCAUCCUCUUGGCAGCUUCCUGGUUUGCGGUGGAGCGCCGAACAGAGAAGAAUUUGGAGCACGAAGGUGGCCGUUUCUCGGGAGCAGCUGAGCAGAGUGAGGAAACCCCUUCUCCGCCACUUCUCACCGCAGAGACCAUGGAAGAGUUCUUCCUCGAGUACAUGAAGCAGAAGCGGAUUGCAGAAGGCAAUCUCACAGAGGAGGAGGAGGAGGAAGGUCAGUACAGCUGGAAGCGCUUCAGGUCUCUGGUCGGAGCCCAGAAUGCUCUUCCCCUACACUCAUGACCCUGCAUGUGCAUGGAAUGCUAUAGCGGCAUUUGGGAGAGCUUGAUCUUUUAGUGUGGCAGCAGCUGCCCUUCGGAACUCCCUGCCUAUUGACGUCAGGCAGGCGCCUUCACUGUACCCUCUUUUGGGGCCUGCGAAAAACAUUCUUGUUGCAGAGGGCCUUCUCGGGAGUGACGCCCGCCCUGUGGAACACCCUCCCAUCAAAGAGAUAAACAACUACUUGAUAUUUAGAAGACAUCUGAAGGCAGCCCUGUUCAGGGAAGUUUUUAAUGUGUGGCAUUCUAAUGCAUUUUUAAUCUUUGCUGGAAGCCGCCCAGAGUGGCUGGGGAGACCCAGCCAGAUGGGCGGGGUACAAAUAAUAAAUUAUUAUUAUUAUUAUUAUUAUUAUUAUUAUUAUUAUUAUUAUUAUUAUUUAUUGUUUAGACUAGCCUACCCAGAUGAGUGUGAGUUUUAACCUGCUUUUAGUCUAUUGCUAGUUUAACUUUUUGAAAGUUUUGAAAUAUUGUUCAUCUUUCAUAGAUUUUGUUGUUGUUUAGUCGUUUAGUUGUGUCCGACUCUUCGUGACCCCCUGGACCAGAGCACACCAGGCCCUCCUGUCUUCCACUGCCUCCCGCAGUUUGGUCAAACUCAUGCUGGUAGCUUCCAGAACACUGUCCCACCAUCUUGUCCUCUGUCGUCCCCUUCUCCUUGCGCCCUCCAUCUUUCGCAACAUCAGGGUCUUUUCCAGGGAGUCUUCUCUUCUCAUGAGGUGGCCAAAGUCUUGGAGCCUCAGCUUCAGGAUCUGUCCUUCCAGUGAGCACUCAGGGCUGAUUUCCUUCAGAAUGGAUGUGUUUGUUCUUCUUGCAGUCCAUGGGACUCUCAAGAGUCUCCUCCAGCACCAGAAUUCAAAAGCAUCCAUUCUUUGGCGAUCAGCCUUCUUUAUGGUCCAGCUCUCACUUCCAUACUGCUUUGAGACUUUUUUCCUACAGUCAAGCAGUGCAGCAUAAAGUUUAUGAAAUAAUAAUAAAAAAAUGUGUUUAAGUUCCACCCUGUAUCGUUCCCAUAAGUGCCAACAACCCUCCUUUCUCCUUCCCAGAGGAUCAGCUGCCUUCUCUGGAGCCAGAAGCCAACAAGCAGAGCCUGGAGACAGAGAGCCUUUUGCCAGCCCAUGCCCAGACUGCCAAGGCCGUGAUGGAGAGAUGUGCCCACUUGCUCUCCGACAAGAGUCUCCAUGUGCGGCUGAAGGUAUGCCUUGGAGGAGCAGCCAGAACACCAAACGCUCUGCUGUUGGCCCAGCCCUGGAGACGGUAUCCAAGUGCCAAGGGCCAGCCCUUGCUUUGAACAUGUAAAACAACAAUGAAACGAGUUGCUUCGAGCAUGUCCGCAGUCCCUUUUUCAUGCGCCUGAGACUGAUGGGCUUGGCUCCCAGCUCAAAGCGCUGAUCUUAAAGCCAGCCAGAGGGUACCCUUGGGUAUAAUGCGAAGAAUGGGUUAAAUGACACAGUGCUAGGCCUCAUAUCUUGAGGAGCACAUCCUCCGUGUCUGGAUGCUCUGAGAUUAGGGUGUCAGGUGCCCUGGGUCACCAUAGCAACACCAGCGAGGUCGAGUGUAUGAUUUGCAGAGUCCUUCGCCCUUCCGUUGGUUCAGGGAUGGGGAGACAGGCAUAAUGGUCUCCAGGGCAUCGCUUUUAAUAAAUAAUAAUAAUAAUAAUUUUUUAUUUAUACCCUGCCCUUCCCGGUUCAGAAAACCGGGCUCAGGGCGGCUAACAACAAAUUUAAAACACUUAAUUGAUGCUACAAAAAACAGCAUAAAAUACGGUAUCAAACAUGAAUAACAAUAAAAUUGAUUUAGGGGGAAAAUCCAUCCAAUAAACAUUAGAUGAUCACCAGAGCUAGCUGGCUAAAUUAGUCCUAUUUGGGCCAGUGAGGAGACCAGGGGAGAAUUCGCUGUGGGAUCCCAGAGUGGGUGAUCUUCAUAAAAAGGGGAGGGGGAGGGAAGGAAGGGGAAUAAAAGAUCAGGCUGAAUUCAAAUUAAAGGCCAGGCGGAAUAGCUCUGUCUUACAGGCCCUGCGGAAGGAAGUUAAAUCCUGCAGGGCCCUGGUCUCAGGAACGGCUAAGGGAGCUGGGCAUGUUUAGCCUGGAGAAGAGGAGGUUAAGGGGUGAUAUGAUAGCCAUGUUCAAAUAUAUAAAAGGAUGUCACAUAGAGGAGGGAGAAAGGUUGUUUUCUGCGGCUCCAGAGAAGCGGACACGGAGCAAUGGAUCCAAACUACAAGAAAGAAGAUUCCACCUAAACAUUAGGAAGAACUUCCUGACAGUGAGAGCUGUUCGACAGUGGAAUUUGCUGCCAAGGAGUGUGGUGGAGUCUCCUUCUUUGGAGGUCUUUAAGCAAAGGCUUGACAACCAUAUGUCAGGAGUGCUCUGAUGGUGUUCCUGCUUGGCAGGGGGUUGGACUCGAUGGCCCUUGUGGUCUCUUCCAACUCUAUGAUUCUAUGAUUCAUGGGACAGAGCAUCCCACCUGGUUGGAGCCAUCACUGAGAAGGCCCUGGCCCUGGGGGAGAAUAAUCUGACUUCCUUAGGACCUGUAAACUAUGAGUAUGUCCUGUUGUCCCGAUCUCGUCCUGAUGUUGAACCCUGCGCUAUUUGCUGUCAGGGUUUGACUCUGAAUCUGUCAGAGAAAGAGGCUGUAGGUUUUACACAGCAGCGUUUCGCUAGCAUGGCAGUGGUGUAAGCAUUUCUCUCUGCUCAUAGGUCGAUAGUAGUGUCUAGCUUCGUCUUGUGUCUGGAGACAAAAAGCACAUUGUUCCUUUGAACUGUGCAGGAGAGGAGUUUCCCCUUAACCGGGCACUCUGGAAGAAGGCCUCUGCUGGGAGCAAGAUAUCUCUGGAGACUCUCCUGGGGCUCCACACCCUCUGCCGACACAUUACGCAAGUUGAGGGGUGGUCAGCUACCAACUGACUCCCGCAAGUGACCAACACAUUUUAGUCUUUGAAAAAGAGAUCAAGGACUGUUUCCUUCUCAAGGUGAGAACAAACAAGAGGGAUGCACACUCUUACAUCGCAGAAUCACUCGUCUAGCUGUCUCCAGCCCCAACUCUGUUAAUGCCAUUGUGUUUCUCCUCUGAAUUCUCCUGCGCUUCCCCUGGCAGGUCCUGGAUGUCUUGGAGCUCUGCGUAACGGUACUGAGCCCCCACGAGAGCCACCUCCUUCCCUUGGCCCAUCGGACGUGGCCUGCCCUCGUCCACCGCCUGACCAAGGACGACCCUCUGGCCGUUCUCAGGGCCUUCAAGGUGAGCCUGUUCAGAAUCCUCAACACCCACCCACAUCCCACCGGGGCCAGGAAGGGGCUGAACUUGGCCCCUGACGCAGUUCCGGCAAGGGAGGAGCCAGCCGUCUUGACCACAGUCUAGUUUCAUGGGCAUGAUCUGCGGAAUUUGGGGCUUCCCCUUGUAUUGAAUUUUUGCAGAUUCUGAAAAUGAAGGGUGCUAAAACGUCGUAACGUGGCUUGGGGAUUCAAAAUAUAUUUUGGUUAAAUUAAUAUAACUUAGUUUUCUCGGUAAGGAAAAUUGCAUGGAAAUCAUUGAUUGCCAGGUAUUUCCAGUUACAUCACCACCAUCGUUUAGCAUUAGCUGACAUUUUCAGAAGGUGAAAUUAAAAGUUAUUUGGUUUUCCAAAAGCAGUUUACAUGAUUCUUCAUCAGAUGUAGACUUACCGAGCUAAAUGCUGUCUAGUCACAAAAAUAAUAGCAGAUUUUAAUUCCUCACACCCAAAAACACAUUUUAAGGAAAGAGAUUUGCAGAAAUUAAGUUCCUCCCCUAAAAUAGCACACCAUAGUCCUCUGUUUAAUAAAACUAUUUUUUUUUUUAAGAAAAGAGUAUGUGAUAAUAAUAAUAACAUUUUAUUUAUAUCCCGCCCUCCCCAGCCGAAGCCGGGCUCAGAGUGGCUAACAACAGUAAAAGUAACACAGUUUACAUAAAAUCACAAUCAAUUAAUUGAAAUACAUUCUAAAAUCAAUUCAGAAUAAAAUCAAUUCAGAAUAAAAUUAAUGGAAACCAUUGGGCUAGAGUUCUGUGAGGAUUGCCAAAGGAGCGGGUCAGGCUGUGCCCUGGCCAAAGGCCUGGUGGAACAGCUCUGUCUUGCAGGCCCUGCGGAAAGAUGUCAAGUCCCGCAGGGCCCUAGUCUCUUGGGACAGAGCGUUCCACCAGAUCGGGGCCAUGGCCCAAAAAGCCCUGCCUCUGGUUGAGGCCAGCCUAACCUCCCUGUGGCCUGGGACCUCCGAGAUGUUUUUGUUUGAAGAUCGUAAGUUCCUCCGUGGGGCAUACCAGGAGAGGCGUUCCCGUAGGUAGGAGGGUUCUAGGCCGCAUAGGGCUUUAAAGGUUAAAACCAGCACCUUAAACCUGACCCUGUACUGAACCGGGAGCCAGUGCAGCUGGUAUAGCACUGGGUGAAUGUGAUCCCGCGGCAAGGACCCCAUAAGGAGCCUCGCCGCGGCAUUCUGCACCCGCUGGAGUUUCUGGGUCAGUCUGAAGGGCAGCCCCAGUUUCUGAAUAUCAGCUGCUGGAAACCACAAAAGGCCAGUCGCCACAGUGGCCAACCAGACGCCUGUGGGGAGAAACCCACAAGCAGGAUUCGAUCGCAGGAGCCCUUCUCCCCUCCUGCAGUUUCCAGCAGUGAGAAGCAUUGCUUCUUCCAAAAGAAAGCAAGUCGGCCGAUGAGAACAACGCAAAUUUGCAAUAAGCAAAACAGGGAAUAAAACUAACAGCCUGACAGUGCGGUCCAGCGUUGAGCUCCGUAGUGCUAACUGAGUGUGGGGGCACCAGGUUGGUUUCCGCAGUUGCAGCCUGGCUGAAAAAGCAAAGUGAGAAACAGGGUCACAGGGGGAAAGUGGCGCAGCAAAGAGGACAUCUCCCUCCCUAUAUUUCAUCUCCUCUUUGUUUCUCAAGGGCUGGUGCAAGAUCUGCUUUGGGGGGGGGGAUUGUGCUCCCCUUUUAGCGAAUCUGGCCCAGCUGUGCGCCAGCAGAUCCUUCCAGUUGCCAGCUGACAUGGAAAGGAAGAAGCAUUCGAUGCCCUCCAGGCUUCCAGCUCCGAGAUCUGGCCUACAAGGAGAGCGUUUGAAGUGCAAAUGGUUUGAGCGACUUAAAGCUAAAAGCGUAAUACACAGGGGCCCCCACCUUGGGGGGGGGGACAAAAACCCCCAGCCAAGCCUGCAAUACCCAGCCAACAUCUCAAGGACCAGGCAGGAUUUUUUUACACAGAGAGGAGAAGACGUUAUCGAGGAACGCAGUUACCUUUUCAGCAUUUUGAGAUAUGCUGCCAAGCAGCAGGGAAGGUGAUACUUUUUAAUUAUAGAAAUCCCUUUGAUCGUGGUGGCCUCCUUUCUGCAGAGAGGGAGGGAGAGAACUUCAGUGCGGCAAGGGACCCCACCCUCCCUGUGCUGGGUGGGCCUCCUCUUGGCAGCCGAGUUUAGAAUCGUAGAAUUGAGGAGUCGGAAGGGGUCCCAGGGGUCAUCUAGUCCAACCCCUGCGAUGCCUAGAGGCUUAGCAGUUCUUGCACUUUCUUGUCUUUAAUAAUAAUAAUAAAUAAUAAUAAUUUUUUAUUUAUACUCCGCCCUUCGCGGUUCAGAAAACUGGGCUCAGGGCACCUAACAACAAAUUUAAAACAUUUAAUUGAUGCAACUAAGAACAGCAUAAAAUACAGUAUAAAAUGUGAAUAACAAUCAAGUCAGAAUUUAAAAAUCAAUUUAGGGGGGAAAUCCAUCUAAUAAGGGCUAGCUGGCUAAAUUAGUCCUAUUUGGGCCAGCGAGGAGACCAGGGGAGAAUUAGCUGUGGGAUCCCAGAGUGGGUAAUCUUCAUAAAAAGAGGAGGGGGAGGGAAGGAAGGGGAAUAAAAGAUCAGGCUAAGUUCAAGUUGAAAACCAGGCGGAAUAGCUCUGUCUUACAGGCCCUGCAGAAGGAGGUUAAAUCCUGCAGGGCUCCUGGGACAGAGCAUUCCACCAGGUCGGAGCCAUCACUGAGAAGGCCCUGGCCCUGGAGGAGGAUACUCUGACUUCCUUAGGGCCCGGGACCUCUAAACUAUGAUUUUUCAUGGACCUUAAGGUCCUCUGCGGGGCAGACCAGGAGAGGCGGUCCCAUAAAUAGUCCUUUGCAUGAUGCUGCAGGCACCCCCAACUUGCACAUUCGCUCUCAUACACAGAGCUGCGCGGCACUGUGCAAACAGUGUGCAAGCCCAACCUGCAGUAUUUGCUCCGAGCCCCCCAGACUUUGGCUGAACGUGACAUAGAGAAAUAAUAAUAAUUUAUAUUCAUAGCCCACCCAUCUAGCUGGGUUGCCCCAGCCACUCUGGGUGGCUCCCAACAAAAUAUUAAAAACACAAUCAAACACCAGCCAUUAAAAAACUUCCCCGAACAGGGCUGCCUUCAGGUGUCUUCUAAAAGUCAGAUACAGUGGUAGCUCUGGAUGUGAACGGGAUCCGUUCCGAAGCACCGUUAGCAUCAUGAGCAAAACGCAACCCGCAUGCGUGGGUCGCAAUUCGCCAUGUCUGCGCAUGCGCAGUACGUCAUUCUGAGUGUCUGCGCAUGAGCGAGCGGCGAAAUCCGGAAGUAACCCUUUCUGUUACUUCCGGGUCGCCACGGGAUGCAACCUGAAAAGAUCCAACCUGAAGCAAACGUAACAAGAGGUAUGACUGUGGUUGUUUUAUCUGACAUCUGAGGGGAGGGCGUUCCGCAGGGCAGGUGCCACCACCGAGAAGCCUCUGCCUGGGUCUUGUGGCAGAUCGCCCACUCAGCGCAGAUUCAUGCAGAAAGCAAGACUGGGUGCAGGUGGCCUGGCGCAGAGCGGCUGUGCUCGGAAGCAGAAUGAAAAAGAGUCCUGCUUUUCAUCCUAGGGGAGAAGGGGAAUGGAAUGGAGUAUCCCGGGAAAGGGCAUAGCUGGCUAGAAAACUGCACAGGAGCCCUCGAUACGGCAGCAUUUUGUUGCAGAUUGCACUCAUUCAAGCAAAUGUGACUUGCCUCUGUGAAUAAGAGCCUGUUUGGUGGAAUUUCCGCAGGUGCUGUGCACUUUGGGAGCCCACAGCGGCGACUUCCUGCGGCGGCGAUUCUCCAAAGACGUCCUGCCCAAGCUGGCAGCCUCCCUUGUCACCCAGGCCCCGGUCAGCGCCCGGGCAGGGCCCAUCUAUAGCCACACCCUUGCCUUCAAGUUACAGCUUGCCGUGCUGCAGGGCCUCGGGUCCCUAUGCCAAACUCUGGACCUUGGUGAGUUGUUAAUCUGUGGAACUCCCUGCCAAAGGAGGCAGUGACCAACCUAGACUGCUUUAAAAGAGAAUUAGACAAAUUACAACAGCCGAACGUUUGUAACCUUAGGAUAACAGAGCUUGGAAAAACUAUUUAAAUAUACCUUCCCCAAAAAACUGGAAGCUUUUCUGCUGGGGUUGAUAGGCGAUGAAUUAAGAAAAGCAGACCAGAGACUAUUUAUGUACGCUACGACUGCCGCCAGAAUCUUAGUAGCCCCAAAAUGGAAAACUCAGGAAAUACCAACACUAAUGGAGUGGCAGACAAAAAUGGUUGACUAUGUAGAAUUAUCAAAACUGACCCACAGGAUCCGUGACCAAGAGGAAACAAAGUUCAAAAAGGAAUGGAGUAAAUUUGUCGAGUAUAUAGGCAAUAACUGUAGAAGUUUAAAGACUGUGGCAGGAUUAAAAUAAAUCUUGUGAUGUGUAUAGAAUGCAACUAAGAACCUGUGAAAGAGAAAAUUUAAUAUGAAAGCCUGUUGAAGGGAGGGAGGGAGGUCUGUGCGCGAUAGAGCGUGUAGAAAAUAAGCAGACAUACGAUCAUUGAACUUUAGAGUAUUUAUUUUGUUUGUACAUGUUAAAGAAAACUCAAUAAAAAGCGUAUUAAAAAAAAAGGAUAACGGAGGUUGUUGCUUGGGAACCGCAGCACAAGGGGCUCUGCCUGCCUGGCGCUUGGGAACGAGACAAACUCAGGGCUGGCAGAACUUUCUGCAGGGGCCGUGUGUGCAUCUCUACCUGCCCAAUGCCAGGUGAGAAAGUCUUUAGCAUCAGUCUUUAGUCUUUAAUCAGUCUUUAACAUCAUCAGUACCAUUUAGACCAUGGGAGUGUUUCAACCCUGUUCUUGAGUUUGUUCAAAAUCUAAAACAGCUUUAUCUUGUAUUCCUUUCUUUGAAUUUGUGCUAUUUAGGUUUUUAAACCUUUUUGUAAAAGCAGCACUAGAAUUUUCACAGUUGAGUCCUCAACCCUUUAUUACUGUGCUUUGCUUUCUUCAAGCUGGGCUUUGUUUAAAACUUGCCAUUUUUGUAGCUUUUUUGUAAAUUCAGUAUUAGAAACUGUACCUUUGAGUCCUCAAUCCUUUAUUACUGCGCUUUGCUUUACCUAGGUCAAGCUAGGAUUAUAAUACGUCAGAAUUUUGGGGGUUCUACCCUUGUUUGAAUCUUGGCCAUUUAAGGUUUAUGAUUUUUCUAUUUCCUUCUGAGGAAACUGAAUAGUUCAGUGAAACGAGGUUUGUAGCCGGCAUCCCGUUAAAGGCUUUGUUCUAUUUUAGGUUUUUCUGAUUUUUUCCUUAAGCUUUUUGAUUUUAUUAUUUAGUUGAUUUCCACAAGGUAAUACUUCUAGUCGAUUACUUCUCGUUUCAGGGAUUUUCACGGUAUUUCAUUUGUUUUGUGCAAUGCCAGCUGAGAGGCAGAUGCAUGUGCUUUGUGGGAAACGGCCUUGUAGAGACUGCGACUCCCUGUUCUCCUGCCUUCCCAGGAACCAAGUUUCCCUUGCCCACCCUGAGGCCUCGGUUCACUCUGCAAGCCCUAAACCUUGUCCGACCCUUCUUGUUUGCAGAUGCAAGCCGACGAUCUGCCCACCCUCCAAAGCGCUCCUUGCGCGAGUCGUCUUCCUCUGACGCUUCUCUCUUCCUGUUCCCACAGGUGAGGGCGACCUGAAUAAAGUGGAGGACGCCUGCCUCCCCUACCUCAGCGCCAAGCAGCCUGCCAAAUUGCAAGAGGCCGCCUGCAGGUAAUGGAAACACUGGCAACACAAAGCCUUUCAUGUUGUACCCGGAACAGAAUUACAUAGCAGUGUAGGGUUCCCUCGGCCAUCAAGUCUAAUCCCCCAUCUCUGCAGAAAAGUUGCCCCCUCCUAGAUCCAUAAAUAUGCUCCACAAGCAACACCACAAAGCCGGCUGCUUCAGGUGACUCACACAAGUGAGCCAAGGUGCAGGGGGCCUUGCCUUUCACUCAACAGGGACCUGCAUUCAUUCAUUCCAUCAUUAUCUUUAUUUUAUUUAUACCCCGCCAAUCUAGCUGGGUUUCCCCAGCCACUCUGGACAGCUUACAGCCUAUAUAAAACAUAGUAAAAUAUCAAACAUUAAAAACUUCCUGAUACAUUUAUACACUGUUUAGGGAAGGUUUAAAUGUUUGAUGUUUUAUUGUGUUUUUAAUAUUCUGUUGGAAGCUACCCUGAGUGGCUGGGGAGGCCCGGCCAGAUGGGUAGGCAAUAAGUAAUAAGUUAUUAUUUAUUAUUAUUGCUGCUUGAUUGUUAAAAAAAAAAACCUUGACGCAGUUUCCAAAGGGAAUAAAACAAUAAAACUAUCUGUAAAAACAGUAAAAAAACCCCAAAAACCCCAUACCUUUGAAAUAUCCCAAAGAUAAAAGUCAGCUAUGAACUAAAAAGAGAUUAAAACAUACGUCCACUUUCUACAUAUGCAGACAGUCCUUUCUAGAUCAAAAUGUCUGGAGUCCAGUGAAGGCACUUGCCUGAUGCCAAGUGGCAAGGGGUUCCAGCUGCCACCCCACUGAAAGAUUGAGUUCUUUCCAACACAGAAAAGGCAUCCUGUGGCCUUGUAUCAGUGCCAGCUCUGUUGAUCAAAGCAGUUCAGUGGGCACAUGUGGAAUCAAGGCAACCUUGUAGGUAAACUGCUCCCAAGUUCUUCAGGGCUUCCUAUGCUAAUAUUGACACCUUGGACUUGGCCCAGUAGCAAAUUAGCAACCGGUGCAGAUUUCUGAGCACACACAGGUGUUCUCUGCGGACAAGGGCCCCUCCUCCUGUCAGCAGUUGUGCUGCAGUAUCCGGCACUAACCCCAGCCUCUUGGGAUUCCACUUCCAGGUAGGUGGACCAGCCAAUGAAAUCUUCUUACCGUGUAAGACUCUUUGGAAAAAGGCAAAUUUAGUUCAGUGGGAAGCCUGCCUAGCCCUGCCUGCUGUUUUCACCAAACCAGGCAAAGGUGGCUCUCCCCCAACACACCCAUUUUUUUCUGUUUUCUCUCUUCCGUCCCUUUGGCCCUGAAUGACACUUGCGCUUGCCUGAGCCCAAAACUGUUUCUCUCCACCGCUUGGCAAAUCCUGGAAAGGGACCAGACCCUCUGUUGCCGUCGUGGCUUCUUAGGUAAAGGUAAAGGGACCCCUAACCAUUAGGUCCAGUCGUGACCGACUCUGGGGUUGCAGCGCUCAUCUCGCUUUAUUGGCCGAGGGAGCCGGUGUUUGUCUGCAGACAGCUUCUGGGUCAUGUGGCCAACAUGACUAAGCCGCUUCUGGAGAACCAGAGCAGCGCACGGAAACACCAUUGACCUUCCUGCCGGAGCGGUACCUAUUUAUUUACUUGCACUUUGACUUGCUUUCGAAUUGCUAGGUUGGCAGGAGCAGGGACCGAGCAACGGGAGCUCACCCCGUCGUGGGGAUUCGAACCGCCGACCUUCUGAUCAGCAAGCCCUAGGCUCUGUGGUUUAACCCACAGUGCCACCCGUGUCCCUGUGGCAUGGCUUCUUAAUUUCUCUUUAAUACAUGUUUAGUCAUGUAUUAGAGGAGGAAAGAAACCCCCGGUCAACUCUCGUUAAUAGCAGAAGAAGCACCAGUGGUUCUGUUGAUGGGGCUCCAACCUGUUGGGAUGCUGCCAGGGACAAGGGGGCAUUUGGCAGCCCCCAGGUGGCUUCGGCAGCCAGGCAAACUCCGGUUCUCGGAACAGCAUCAAUCAGCAACUUGAGCCUCCGAAACCUUCAGAAACUGAGCACGCUCUUCUCAGCAGAGUGAAUAAAUCUACACAACGGAAGUGGCAGACAGAAACAUGUGUAAGCAUUAUUUACAGGCGUUUAUUCAGCAUCAGGAACAAAGGAAAAACAUGUCUUCUUCCCUUCGUGUCCAAGCAAACCAGCAGUACAGCAAAAGCAAUAUACAGCGGAAGUUCCCAGCAGACUGUGCUGGAAGUAAACAGGCAUGUGACCUACAACAACUCCACAUAUCUGUUCCUCUUAAGGAGGAAUGGAACAUCAAUAUCCGAACACAACCAAGGCCAAAAUACCCUGGGGGCAGGGGCAAGUGGCUCCUUGCUCUGCCACAGUGGGAGCGAAAGACCUUUCCCAUCUCCAGAGCUUCUGCAAGCUUAAAUUCAAGUUCCGUGAGCCUCUCCCUUCCCAAAGGGACACCCAGCCUGAGUCCUUCCUGCCAAACAGAAGACGGAUAGAAGACGCAAUAGCCAUCUUCAGAGAUCUGAAUGGCUGUAGCAUGGAAGAGGGAGGCAGCUUGCUUUCUGCUGCUCCAGAAGGGAGGGCCUGAACCAAUGGAUUCUAGUUACAAGGAAGGAGAUCCUGACUCAACAUUAGGAAGAACUUUCUGAGCGUAAGAGCUGCCCAACAGUGGAACAGACUCCCCUGGAAGGUGCUGGACUCUCCUUCGCUGGAGGUUUUUAAGCAGAGGUUGGGUGGCCAUCUGCCAGGGAUACUUUAACUGAGAUUCCAGCAUUGCGGGGGGCUGAGCUAGAUGGCCUUUGGGGGUACCUUCCAAUCUGCUUUUUUUAAACGCCAUGCACUGUUUUAUUAAGUUCUAUAAUGUCGCUUGUUACUCUAAAUACCUCCCAGAUGCUGCAACCUUUCAUCAUGGACAAAGUGGGUAGAGAAUUUUUUUUCUCCCUGUCUCAUAACACACAAACAUCCAAGUUGCAUGUUGUAGGACUCAGGACAAAUCAAAGGAAGUCCAUCAUCAUCAUCAUCAUCAUCAAAUUUUAUUUAUAUCCCGCCCUCCCCAGCCGAAUCUGGGCUCAGAGCGGCUAACAACAGUAAAAAUAAUACAGUUUACAUAAAAUCAAAAUCAAUUAAUUGAAAUACAUUGUAAAAUCAAUUCAUUCUAAAAUCAGUUCAAAUCAAAUUAAUGGCAACCAUUGGGCUAGAGUUCUGUGAGGAUUACCAAAGGAAGGGGUCAGACUGUGCCCUGGCCAAAGGCCUGGUGGAACAGCUCUGUCUUGCAGGCCCUGCGGAAAGAUGUCAAGUCCCACACGGCCCUAGUCUCUUGUGACAGAGCGUUCCACCAGAUCGGGGCCAUGGCCAAAAAGGCCCUGGCUCUGGUUGAGGCCAGCCUAACCUCCCUGUGGCCCGAGACCUCCAAGAUGUUUUGUUUGAAGACCAUAAGGUCCUCCGUGGGACAUACCAGGAGAGGCAGUCCUGUGGGUACGUGGGUCCUAGGCCAUAUAGGGCUUUAAAGGUUAAAACCAGCACCUUAAACCUGAUCCUGUAUUUCACUGUGAUACCAGAAUGCUGGCCUAGGUGGGGCACUGGCCGGAUCCAGCAAGCUCUUCCUAUGUUCUUCACCAUCAGCUGCAGGGCCGCAGAUUCCUGCCUACCCCCCCAGCCUGCGCCCAAAAGGCUGUUCUUGGAAAGGGCAGGGCACCGACGACAGCCUUUUUGCAAAGCAGAUCGGCCUCUUCGCACCGUAGAGAAGCUUCUGCGCUGAGCAGCCUGCUUCCAACUUGCCCGGACGAGCCAAACCCAUCGAGACGCUCCAGCUCCAUUCAGCGCAGACCCGGCGGGUUUGCACAAGCCAGCGAUUCCGAACCGUUUCUCGCCACAGUUAAAGAGGCGCCUCUCCGUGCUCCCGGCUUGGGCCGCUUUCAUUCCCCGCAUCCCCAUCUGCAUCUGCCAAGUUGCAAGCUCUGGUGCAGAGCCCUGCCAAGCGAAAGCUUAAAAACAAAGUAAAAAUCAAUAAACCGCACUUGAGCAAAGCAAAUACAAAGGCGAGCACGUCUGCUUGGAUUAACCCAGGCAUCUUUCGCCAUGGAAACGGAGGUUGCUUGGAAACUGCUGGAGUAAAUGCAUAUAUAUAUAUAUAUAUAUAUAUAUAUAUAUAUAAAAAUUGCAGGAGUCAAGUUGCUCCUUAAGCUGCACAGCCCUCUGGACCACCAGGGGAGAAUCUCGGCCCAAGAGGAGAAGGGUCUUGGCGUGGAGGGUGGGUCAUCCAAGGUCAGUCUGGACCUGAGAUGGCCAGUCAGGAAGUGGAGGCGCCUGACGGAAGGGUUCAAGGUGCAUCUGUCCUGCCAGGCUGGGGAAGGCAAGUAACCCAACAAUUAAACAAUUGCAAACAAUUAUCUGUAAUAUCCAAGGCAACAAUAUACCAAGUACAACAAUGCAAUGUCAAUAUAAACUCUUUAUGUUAUAAUCUAUACAAAACAUUAAACAGUAUGAAAACAAAAUAACAAAUAAAAUAAGUCUUGUAAGUCUUCUUUCAGAGACUUGCAUAGUCUACAAAGACUUUCAGAGACUUACAAGACUUAUGUUUAUUUGGAUCUAUGUUUCCAAGAGAAUCCAUCAAGAGCGCAUAUCUUGUGACUUUCAGAGAUUUGUAAGAUUUCUGUUUAUUUGGUUUUGCAGAGAGUGCAUAUUUCAUAUACAGUCAUGUUGCUGUUUAGUCGUUUCCGACUCUUCGUGACCCCCUGGACCAGAGCACGCCAGGCAUUCCUGUCUUUCACUGCCUCCCGCAGUUUGGUCAGACUCAUGCUGGUAGCUUCGAGAACACUGUCCCGCCAUCUCGUCCUCUGUCGUCCCCUUCUCCUUGCGCCCUCCGUCUUUCCCAGCAUCAGGGUCUUUUCCAGGGAGUCUUCUCUUCUCAUGAGGUGGCCACAGUAUUGGAGCCUCAGCUUCAGGAUCUGUCCUUCCAGGGAGCACUCAGGGCUGGUUUCCUUCAGAAUGGAUAGGUUUGAUCAAACGUAUCCAUACAGUCAUACCUCUGGAUAAAUAUGCUUCAGGAUACGUAUUUUCGGGUUGUGCACUGCCGCAACCCAGAAGUAACGGAGCACGUUACUUCUGGGUUUCGCCACUCGGAUAGGCGCAGACAGUCAAAAUGAAGAAGGAAGUUGUGAAGAAGGAACUUGUAUUUUAACCGCCCUGAAUCUUCCAGCAUCAUUGGACGUGGCUUAGUGAGGACUUGCAGCAGCUGUGCCCAAGCUCUGCCGGCUUGGAGGUCCUGGUUCAAUCCCCAACAUUUCCCGUUAAAAGAUCCCUGGCAGGAGAACUGGGGAAGGCCCUUUUGCCAGCGGCUGUGGGGAGUGUUUGCCAGCCUGAGGGUGCCAGACUGGCUGUUUGGCUCGGUGCGAGGCAGCUUCAUGCAUCUGUUGACUCUGGCCGCUGCCACCCGGUGGGGUUCAAGUGAGAUUAGGUUGCCGCAUGGUAUCCAGUGCCUGGUGGGCUCUGUGGCUUUUGCUGCCCAGACGAGGCAGGCUGUGCGUAUCAGUCAGGGCUGCAGAAUAAGCAAGCUGGACUCCCUGUUGGAGUUUCUCAGGUGCAAAGGGUGGCAUGAUGACAGCCCGGCUCUUGGCAUCGUUUUGUAGGCACAGGUUUGGGAUGAGGGACGGGGAUGGGAUGAAGCAUCUGUGAAUCAUAGCGCUGCAGAGUUGGGGGGGAGACUCCCAGGGGUCAUCUAGUCCAACCCCCUGCGAUUCAGGGAAUCCCAGCUAAAGAAUCCCCACCCAACCUCCGUUUAAAAACCUCCAAGGAAGGGGCAUUCACCACCUUGGAAGGCGUAAUGGGCGGCAUCACUUCCACCUCUUCCUCUGUGAUUUGGGGAGCCCAGAGGUCCCUCUCUAUAUCCUAAGGCAUUGUAGUACUUUUCUCUUUCCUGCAGGAUCCCCUGUCUCUAACUAUUUUAUUUUAUUUUAUUUUAUUUAUUUUAUUAUUUUUCAUUUCAUUUACAGUCAUACCUCGGGUUGAAGUUGCUUCAGGUUGAGCGUUUUCGGCUUGCGCUCCGUGGCGACCCAGAAGUAACGGAACACGUUACUUCCGGGUUUUGCUGCUCACACAUGCACAGACGGUCAAAAUGACGUCAUGCUCAGAAGUGGCGAAUCGCAACCCACGCAGACACGGGUUGCGUUUGCUUCAGGAUGCGAGCGGGGCUCCUGAACGGAUCCCGUUCGUAUCCAGAGGUACCACUGUAUUUCAUUUAUCGCCUCCAUGGAGUUUGAGGUGGCAUGCAUACCUCUCCUCUUCCUCAUUUUAUCCUCAAAACAACAACAACCCUCAAGGCAGGUUAGGCUGAGAGCGAGCGCUUGGCCUGCAAGGUCACAGCCAGUGAACUUUGUGGCCCAGCGAUGGACUCGAACCCCGGUCAAGUGGGUGCUAGGCCAGCACUCUAACCACUGUGCCACGCUGCCUCUGUACUCACUGAAUAAACGCCAUUGUAGAGCCCAUCUGGUCCUCCCGCGCGGUUCCUCGCCCAAGAGGAUGGAUUUCUCCAGGUCUGCCAGCCGUUUCCUAGGCCACGGAAGAAGUGCUGCGAUUAUCCCUCUAGGAAAGGGCUCUUCUGAAUCCCAAUCAGACCUGAAGAGCCUCUCUUGGUUUCAAGAGCGGUGGCUUGGCUGCGGAGAGCAUCUAAUUCCAGCCUCGGAGGCCGUGUCAGUGGGCACAGCGCAAACACACCUGCCGCAAAGAGGCAGGGAAGCGGCUGAGCUGGGUGGUGCCUUGCCUGGUACAAACAAGAAGUUGAAAAAGCCACGCAAAUCCAUUAAAAAGAGAGAGAAGGAGAGACCGGUUUCAUCUCCAGAGGCCUUCUCUGUCUGAAGCCAAGUCUUUGGUGUUUGGAUUUUGCCCAGUUUCCCGCAGCGGCUCUAGAGGCGGCCAGUGGUUGUCAAACUGCCCACAUCCGGGAGGGUAAUUCUGGAUUGAUUCGCCUGGAGAAAAGCCACAGAAAUCUGCCAGGGGAAUCACACAGGUUUGGGGGGUCCGGCUUGGGCUGCCUAGUCGGUGCCGUGCUUUGGAACCAAGUUGCUUCAUCAGUUUGAUUUGAUUCACUUAUAUUCUGCUUUCCCCCAAUGAGCUGUGGCCAAACCAUAUUACAGCAGACAUUCAGAGCAUCAAAUUAUGGAGCGUCGGAAAUACCGCUGUACAAAACGCAGAGCGUGUCAGUAAAUACAAAAAUGACAAAAAUAAUCAAUUUGGCUCACACAGAAAGACUUCAGAAACCAAAACAAUCUAGGCUUUAAGUACAUAAACACAUUUCAAUUUAAGCUGUUUAAAUUUUUCAAUCCUGAUUAAGGCAAUUUGUAGCAAAGUAACAGUAGAACAACCACAGCAAAUUUACUGGUGUUUUGGCCAAUCUGGGAGCAUUUUCUGCAACAGCUGCUCCCACACCUGUGGAACUCAUUGCCUCUUGAGCUCAGCAUGACCAGCAGACUGCAAACCUUUUCGGAAAGUUCUUAAAACGUUCUCUCGAGGUAGAGUACCUGCCUCAUUUCUUUGAUUACUUUCAUUAUAUUCUCGCAAUUUUGAGUGGGCUUUUAAAGAGAAAAGCAUGAUUUAUAGAUGCCAGGUCCUUCCAUAACCCCCACCAUGUGCAUUGGCUUCUGUACCUGAUAUCUGCAUUGGAGGACGAAGUCCUAUAGAAAAGCAGCAGCAAGGACAAGAUUUAUAAGUCAGUGAGAAGGUGGCUGCACAAUGAAACUGUUUGCAGAGUUCUGUGAGAAGGAGAGAGAGAGAGAGAAGGAAAGGAACUUCUCUGUUGGCGUCAGCUAGGUCGGCCUUCCCCAAACUGGGGCCCCCCAGUUGCCUUUGGACUACAAUUCCCAUCAUUCCCCAAGCCAGCAUGACUGCGGUGACUGGGGCUGAUGGAAGAAGCUAGAGUCCAAAUGAAGAAAAUAAUAAUAAUAAUAAUAAUAACAAUAACAAUAAUAAUAAUACCCCGCCCAUCUGGCUGAGUUUCCCCAGCCACUCUGGGCAGCUCCCAAUCGAGUGUAAAAAACAAUACAGCAUUAAAUAUUAAAAACUUCCCUUCAGAUGGCUGCCUUCAGAUGUCUUUUAAAGAUAAGAUAGCUACUUAUUUCCUUGACAUCUGGUGGGAGGGUGCUCCACAGGGCGGGGGCCACUACCGAGAAGGCCCUCUGCCUGGUUCCCUGUAACUUGGCUUCUCGCAGCGAGGGAACUGCCAGAAGGCCCUCAGAGCUGGACCUCAGUGUCCGGGCAGAACGAUGGGGGUGGAGACGCUCCUUCAGGUAUACUGGACCGAGGCCGUUUAAGGCUUUAUAGCUCAGCACCAACACAUUGAAUUGUGCUUGGAAGCGUACUGGGAGCCAGUGCAGAUCUCUCGGGAUCGGCGUUAUGUGGUCUCUGCGGCCACCCUCAGUCACCAGUCUAGCUGCUGCAUUCUGGAUUAGUUGUAGUUUCCGGGUCACCUUCAAAGGUAGCUCCACGUAGAACGCAUUGCAGUAGUCCAAGCGGGAGAUAACUAGAGCAUGCACCACUCUGGCCAGACAGUCUGCGGGCAGGUAGGGUCUCAUCCUGCGUGCCAGUGGAGAGCGCCAGGUUGGGGAAUCUCAGCAGUCACGUCGCACUUUGAAUUUUGUGUAUGUGCAAUUCCUACUUUUAAUAGAGCAAGUUUGGGAAGAGAUCAUAAUGUCAUCUCAGGUUUUAAGCUAAGUGUGUGUGUGAGAGAGAGAGAGAGAAAGAGAGAGAGAGAGAGAAGGUAUGUUUGCUUAAGAUAGAUAGAUAGACAUUCCUUCCAGAGAUUUACUUCUUUCUCUCACAGCCUUUUAAAAAUUUAAUCUCUGAACCAGUUGCUUUAUGUAAUCACAUUCUGAAAAUGCAGCUAACUCUGAACCCACAGCUAUUCACCUCCGUGUGGGAAUGUAUUGAUGAAGGAAGUUUAAAAUAGGAUGUGGCAAUGCCUUUAAUCAGGACUCUCUCGUUUUUUCCCGGGCUUCGGCUCGCAGCAAAUAAGCAUUAAGGCGGAGAACACUUAUUUAGCACAUUGCAAUUUUCAGGGUGCUGACUGUGCUGUGAACCAGAACCGUAUUUUGGGGGGAAGGUGUGGGGAAGAAACAAGAGGCUUUAUCCAGAGGCAGGGCUCCAAAUGAGUCGAGACAGGGCUGGUGUUCUCCGCAGCCGUCCAGGAUCAAACAUAUGGAUUGCAAAGCAACCAGGAUGAAUUAACAUCCUUUGCCAUUGAUUAGGUGGAGAGAGGCUGGUAGGGAACCAUCACUGCGGAGCAAAAAUGGUCUCCAGCCACCCAGUGCAGAAGAACGGAAGAAAAUUAUUGUGGAGAAGACUUGUGGAAAAGUUGAUUGAUUUGAAAGACAAGCCAGUCAUUGCAGGGACUGGACUAGGAAAGCAAGACUGUCCUCGCCUGCGAUGUGAGCCUGGCCUCGAUUUGCUGAAAUAAUUAUGUGUCGUUAUGCAAAGCCAUCGCUCUGCACCCAUUAAAAAAACCGCUGAGCCUCCAAAGUAGGAAUUUGGGGGAAGCCUGAAAGAGGGCAGAGCCAUGUGAGACUCAGAGGGAAACCACCUGCCGACCAUCAUUCUGAAUGAUGCGAUUUGGCGAUUUUACAAUAUGAUACGAUAAUCUUUAUUGUCAUUGUCCCAUACAGAACAACGAAAUUGAAAAAAAUCUACAUCAGACAUUCAAAAACCAACAAGCCUGCUAUCCCAGCUAUCCCAGCCUGGUUAACCCUAAAAACUCUGAUACCCCAUAAUUAAAUCAAGGGAAGAGUCUUGACUCUGGGAACAAAUCACAGGCCCCGAUAUAUCAGUAAUGGUAGGGGUGACGUACAAUGACAAUGUAUGUUGGAAGAUCUGAGGUGCAUAAAAGGAUGUCCUCACAGCACAUAGUUCAACUAUGGAACUCCCUGCUGCAGGAGGCAGAGAUGGGCACUGAGUUGGAUGGCUUUAAAAGAGGAUGAGACAAAUUCAUGGAGGAGGAAAGGCUAUCAACGGCAGCUGGAGGCAGCAGUGCUUCUGAAAACCAGUUCCUGAAGCCAUAGGAGGGGAGAGGGAUCUCGUGCUUGGCAGGUUAAAUGAUAUUAUACUGGCCGUGGCAAAGUUUCUUUUGGGGGUUAUAAGAAACAAAGAUCAUUAUGCCCUAGAUAAAACAAAAUGACUGCCUUGGUUUCUUCCAUCUGUCUGGUCAUUUUAACUGUACAGUGGUACCUCUGGUUGCGAACGUGAUCCGUGUGGGGUGCACGUUCACAACCCGCAGUGUUCGCAACCCGCGUCUGCGCGUCUGUGGUUUAGCACUUCUGCGCAUGCGUGACCACCAAAACCCGGAAGUAACCCAUUCCGGUACUUCUGGGUUUUGGCGGUCCGCAACCCGAAAAAACGCCACCUGAAGCGGCUAUAACCCGAGGUAUGACUGUAUCUUGUUUUGAAAUUGUUUUGUGGGUCUUUGGACCGCAAUAAAGUAUUGAUUGAUUGGCAGGUUUCUCAGAAGAGGCAUGUGGUGGGUCACUGUGGGGACAGGACACUGGACUCGAUGGGCCAUUGGCCUGAUCCUGCAGGCUCUUCUUACAGCGUUCUUCUAAGUGUUCUUGUGCUAAGCGAUCGAUGCUCAGAAAUAGCCGUGUGCCUUGCAAUUCCUUGAUGCUUUGGGGAGGAGUAGCCGGGUUGGUUCUCCAUCAUGUUAAGGAGACCUUUGCUGGACCGAUUAGUCUUUUCAGAGGAUGCCUCAAGUCAGCAUUUGAGGAGAGCGGAGCCCUUGUUCAGGUGGAUGUGAUCAGCAGAGUUAAUGAAAAGAGAUCCGGCGCCCUCAGUGCUGUGCUAACCCAAGUCUAGUAGGGGGCUGGGGUGAGUCUGGGUUCCCCAAAUCCUGGAUCCGGUAUUAUUAGAGCCAUUCAGCCAUGGAACGGCCUCCCCUCGCAGCCUGAGAUACUGGCGCAGGCUAAAUGCCUUCGAGGAUCUUACCCUUAAGAUCAGCUGGUUAGAGCAACUAAGGGCAGGGGGCUGAGCACAAAAGUGGCAAGAUGAGUUUAGGGUUUAUAAUCUUCAAAUGGAGAACUCCUUAGUCCUUAGGCCAUAUGGCCUUAGAAACUGGAUUUUUGAUCAGGAUGCCAACCAAGACAGAGCAUCCAUCACUGCCACCCGUUACUCUACUUGGUACCCCAAAUUAAGACCAAUCGCUCAAGGCGAUUGAGACUCUGACCUUCCCACAAUGCAGGGCCUUUGCAGAAUUAAGAUUCCAACAGAUGCCCUCAGCAUAUUUAGAGGGGAGAGAUCGGGGAAUUCCCCAUACGGAUUGCAAAUGUAUACAUAGAUGCCAUCAGGUAGAUGACAUCACAGGCUGUCUGCUGAUUUGCCCCCUGUAGACAACGCCCAGAGGGAAAUUUAUAUUGCCAGUUCUUAAUUGGCUUCCAGGUCAAUCCACACAGGAAGUGACCGUUGAACUCCUAGCAGGUAAACAUCUAGAUAUUACACACCAGGUAGCCUAGCCAAAUUUGCUCUGGCAGCCAAGAAGCUCCGUUCCAGUUAUGUGAAUGCACUCCAGUCUUAAGUUUUAAUGUUGUAGAUUUUUUUUUAUGUUGUAAACAGCUACAGGUUACGUUGUAUGGUUUUAGAUGAAAGUUUUCCUUUUAUUCUCUGUCGCCCAUUGUAAAGGCCUUUGGCUAUACAGUGGUACCUUGGGUUAAGUACUUAAUUUGUUCUGGAGGUCCGUUCUUAACCUGAAACUGUUCUUAACCUGAAGCACUGCUUUAGCUAAUGGGGCCUCCUGCUGCUGCUGCGCCACCGGAGCACGAUUUUUGUUCUCAUCCUGAAGCAAAGUUCUUAACCUGGGUUAGCGGAGUCUGUAACCUGAAGCGUCUGUAACCUGAAGCGUAUGUAACCCAAGGUACCACUGUACAGUCAUACCUCAGGUUAAAUAUGCUUCAGGUUGAGCGUUUUCAGGUUACGCUCCGCUGCGACCCGGAGCGCCUUACUUCCGGGUUUCGCCGCUUGCACAUGCACAGACGCUCAAAAUGACGUCACGCGCAUGGAUCCCGUUCACAUACAAUAAAAUGGAUUGAAGAAGAGCCCUGUCUUUGACUCCCACAAGAUACGGUGGACUCUGCUUCACAGAGGCCUUUAAACAGAAGUUGGGUGGCCACCUUUCAGGGAUUCUUGAGCUGUGAUUCCUGCAUUGCGAGGGGGGUUGGAAUAGAUGACCUUUGGCGUCCCCUUCCAACCCUGCAGUUUUAUGAUUCUAGACUUCCCAUUGACUCAGCUUCCCCUCCCUGCUUUUGUUUUUGUCUCCGCAGCGUUUUCCUCCACCUGAUGCAGGUGGACUCGGAUGCCGUCUGGCUCUUCCUCAGCAACGUCUGGUGCCCCCACCCCUACGAGCCCCCCCACCCCAGCCUGCGGCCCGUGAAGCUGGCCGGGGCGGAGAAGAAGCGGGGCGAGUUCACCGACAACGUCGGGCGGCUGCUGGGCGAGCUGCAAGGGAGGGAAGGAGCGGCGGUGGUGGCAGCUGCACCCUGAGAGCCACCCUUGAAACCUGGAGAGACGGGAGCCUUUUGCUAGAAUCUGGGGGUCCAGUGGCGCUCCAGGCAGCAGCAGGAAGGGGAACAGGAGGGUCGAUGGGGGAACAUCCUCAGGCAGCAUUGUGCAGUUUCUGAAGAGGAGUCUUGGAGAUGCACCUCCUUGGGAGAAGGUCUCAGCUGGCCAGAGAACAUGACUGCGAAGCCUCUGAGCAUGAGAUGACUGCACCUUCCUAGGGACCUCGGCCCAUCCGCACCUCGGCUGAAUGUGGAAUAGGCACCCCUUCUGUGUCCUUUGAUUUCCCCUCGUCCAUACGGCAUUCACCAGAAACAGCCGCUGCCCUCAACGUUCUCCUUCUAAAUCUGGAAUUUCUCUGAUCCACGGAAAAUCCAAAAGGGACACCUGCUCUGCCUGUCAUUUUUAUUGAUUCAAAAAAGGUUAUGCAGUAUUCUGCAAAAUGCAGUGUUAUGAAACAGGAUCUGGUGUGGCAGUUUACCUAGCGCAUCUACAAAUACAGACAUGAAAUAAAGCCAAAAUAAAUAAACCACAGGGCUGUUUUGCUGCGUAGGUGGCAGUGGCUGCAACUAUAGUAUAGAUAUAAUGGUUAAACAAGACAAGGUUCCCCUGUUCCUCCAAGUUAUUAAAGUAUUCAGGUGCCCCGAGUCACUAUGUUGACCAUAUUUGUUCGUAGGUCAAGGUGGGAGUCCUCAACCACGUUCUUCCUGGCUUACAAAUGAAGUGAAGUCAGAUCAAGCAGGCAGGAAGUUGUCCUUUGCCUUUGGCUUCUGCCAUCUUUCCCUGGACACCUUUGUCCAUGUUUUCCUUCUUUUGACAAGGGCGUUUUAGGGCUGCUUGAAAGAGCAAAUAGUAGAAAGCAAGGAGAACAGACCCCCAAAUCCCUGGCUGAAAUCGCGUCCGAAUAUAAACCACUCAGGUGUGCACUAGCACGGGGAUGAAUCGGUGAUGUGAAAUGUGGAUUUUCCGGGUGAGUCUGGAUGGGCCCUAGUUAGGGAUGCUUGACUUUCCUGUAGGUUAAAAAAAAGUCUUGCAGUUUUCUGAAAUCCUUGUCUUGCCAAAUAUCUUGGCUGCUGCUGGAUUUCAAGAGGAUGGAAGCAUGUGCAGAUGCGUAGGGAAUGUUGCAGUUUUGCAACCACGCAGUGAGUUCAUGCAAAAUCCGUCCUUGUUAGCUUGAAGCAAAGAAUGCAGAUAUCUUCCCCCUUCCAUCCUGCACCAUCUCAGGCCAAGGAAAUUCAGUGCUCCCUUCUUUGGGAACGUGAGGAGGUGAAAAUGCAUGGUUGCUUCAGUUGGAGAGGCAAAAAACCUGCCUGUGUAGAUUUUCAAGAGACUGAUGAACCCUGAAGCAAAGAGUGAUCCGUUACCCAGGAGCAGCCCAAUGCGAAACUUUGCCACCUGCCUCCUCGCUUCUCCACCAAUUAUUUAUCGCAGGCAAUCUUUGCAAACUCCGUCACCCAUUAAUCUCGUUGCUCGGUGGAACCGUUCAAAAUAUAGUGUGAUUUUUUAAACGGGGGGGGGGGGGAGAGAAAUAGGAUGCCACUCUUUCUAACAACGUUGCCAUUAAAUGCUUGGACUUGCUUCCGAAAUAGUAGAGUCUUAUUCUGCAGCCAUGAAUGGCAUGCAGGGUUAAUGCAAAGUAGCUAUUGCAGGAGGGGCUGCUGUUCUUCCAGAGAGUUGGGGAGGGGGUUAUGCCAGGUUUGUGUUGCUAUCUGACUACUUCAGUAAAAACUUCUAUCGUGUCUCUUCUAACUUGCGCUCUACGUGGGGCUACCUUUGAAGGUGACUCGGAAACUGCAAUUAAUCCAGAAUGCGGCAGCUAGACUGGCAACUGGGAGUGGGUGCCGGGACCAUAUAACACCAGUCCUGAGAGGACCUACAUUGGCUCCCAGUAUUUUUCUGAGCACAAUUCAAAGUGUUGGUGCUGACCUUGAAAGCCCUAAACGGCCUCGGUCCAGUAUAUCUGAAGGAGCAUCUCCACCCCCAUCGUUCAGCCCGGACAUUGAGAUCCAGCGCCGAGGGCCUUCUGGCAGUUCCCUCGCUGUGAGAAGUGAGGUUACAGGGAACCAGGCAGAGGGCCUUUUCGGUGGUGGCACCUGCCCUGUGAAACGCCCUCCCAGCAGAUGUCAAGGCAAUAAACAACUAUUUUACUUUUUAAAGACACCUGUUUAGGGAAGUUUUUAAUGUCUGACACUGUAUUGUUUUUGAUAUUUGGUUGGAAGCCACCCAGAGUGGCUGGGGAGACCCAGUCAGAUGGGUGGGGUAUAAAUAAUAAAUUAUUAUUUUCUCUAAACUAAAAAAUUCCCAAAUGCUGCCCCCUUUCCUCCUGGGGGGGGGGUCUCUCCACCCCUUGAUCAUUUCUGGCAGCCCUUUUCUGAACCCCCCCCCCCCAACUCUGCGAUAUCCUCAUUUGUUGUGUUUCGAUGGUACAAGAAAGUGGGAGGGAGGGAAAGAGAUGGAGCGGCAGGAAUGUCUAGUUAGUUCCUCAACGAAGGUGGAAAACAGGCCUGGUGGCAUAAAAAAAAUGGAGCAAGCAGACUUUUCUUUUUUUUCUAUCUCCCUGUAUUUGAUUUCUGGGCCCCCCUGGGCACCUGUCCUCCUUCCUGGCCCAUUAAGGGCUUUAGCAUAAAAGGUGAGGCUUGUCCACAUCACAUCUAUUGAUUACAGAGCAAGGUUUACAGCGCUACAGAUGAAGCAGCUGUCAGAGGAAAGGCAGAUUUUUCUGGUGUCGUUUGUUAGGGAAUAAAAGAGACAUUAGAGCAUCAAAGCCUCUCCGUGUGUCAGGAUUCCCGGGAGAAGGUCGAGGGGAGGGGCACGGGCUCUUGUCUUUUGUUCUCCAGCAAAUGGAUCGGCUGCAUUUCCUGGGGAGGGCCGCUUCCGAUAAAUUGAAUCCAGGGCUGUGAUCCAGAAGAGAAGAAAAAGGAUAAUCUUGUCACCUGAAUGAAUGAUGGCAGUUCACACUGGGCGUUCGUACUCAAGGUAGCCGCGGGGACAAGCAGCCACCUCUCCGUGGCACUGGAGAAAGGGGGCAAAUUAAUGUUUUCCUCCCUUUCUCAUGGAGCCAGCCAGUUAGGCAGGGUGAGGCCACUGUUUCAGGCGGCAGAAGCACCCCAGGGGGCAAGGUGGGGUCCGUUUCGGGCAAGAUCUCACACCAAAUCAGCGUGACCUUGUCCCAAAUGGGUGUCUAUGGCAGUGCAACUUCUCCCCCAGUGGGAGCAGAGGCAGGUGGGGUGGGGGUGGCAGCAGGGUAAAAUGGGACAUCCUGCUCCACUUUCUCAUAACACUAAAACUCACCUGCAUUUAAUGAUGCUGAAUGUUGGAAGAUUCAGGCAGAUAAAAGAGUCUUUCAAGUAGGAUGUAAUCCACUGGGAGCAGUCAAACACAACAUUCCUUGUUUUUCUAGAGAAGACAUGCAUUUCCUCCUGGCUGGAGCUUCCUUCCUCUGCAUGUGACUAGAGGUGGGCAUGACCUUACCUGUCCAGGUCACAAUAGGACAAGGCAUGCUGCCACUCUCUUUCUGACUUCCUCCGUUGUUGGAGUAGCUUUUUAGCUAGGACUGCUCUGCUAGCUUCUCAGCUAGCUGAAGCACUGGGAUUAUUCCCCCAUAUGGGGUAGAUCCACAUGUACAUAUUUGUAUCUAUGUCUGCCUUCAGGAAUCCCAACUGUGAACUGAUGUGAGUAAACAUCUUUUAUUGACUG